AUGUUCAGAGCCUCAAUCAACUCUUCAUUUGGCUUGCUCAGACCUACGCUUCGCACUUCCUUAACGCCCUCACGUCUACAAUCGUUGCGCUUUUUGUCUCAAGAAACGAGGGCACAGCUAGAAACGGCCGUUAAAUCGAGCCCUGUUGUGCUGUUCAUGAAGGGUACACCUGCAGCUCCCCAGUGCGGCUUCUCACGAGCAGUCGUCCAAAUACUGGACAUGCACGGUGUACCCCCAGAGAAGUUGAAGACAUUCAACGUUUUGGAGGAUGAGGAGCUACGGAGCGGAAUUAAGGAAUUCUCCGAGUGGCCUACGGUCCCACAGGUCUAUGUGAAUGGGGAGUUUGUCGGUGGAUGUGAUAUAUUAUUGGGCAUGCAUCAAUCGGGCGAAUUAGAAACCCUUCUAGUCAAGGGGGACGUUGUCGAGGCCACGCCUGAACCAGAGCCUGCUGCUACAACUGGAACAUCGUCCUAA